AGACGUACAGUCGCUUGAUCGGCGAAUAAGCUAUGCUCAAUUUAGUCAAUUAUUCGGACUCCGAGUCCCCGGGCAGUUCUGCGGAAGCGUCUCCUGUGCUCAGUCCGAAGCGUGCCCGGCUGUCGGACGGAAAUGAAAACAGAUCGUCGGCGGAGAAAUCCAGCCUUCCUUCCGCUCAGCGCCUCAACAGAUUCCUCGCCAGGAUCGACGCGAAAUUGGAUUCGCCGGACGACCACGACGGCAGGUUGCGCUCUUUCCCGCACGAAGAGGGCAACUGGGCCACGCAUAUCUACGUACCGAUUGACGUAAGCCUGGUGAUGGACUCGCUCUUGCAAGUUCUCGGCGAAGGGCAGGAUUUGAGGACAUUUCCGCUUUCUGACUUGCACAUCAGUUUAUCUCGAACUGUCUCUAUUCGCCAUCAUUGGAUACCGGACUUUGAAGGGAGAUUGCGGAAAGUUUGCGACAAUUCGCGAAAGUUCGCUGUUUCUUUUUCCGGCGUGGACGUUUUCGUCAAUGAUGAAAGGACCCGAACUUUUCUCUCUCUGAUGGUUGACUGUGGAUUCGAGCAAUGCUCGAAGUUGGUGGGCGAAGUUGACGACUUGUUUCGGAGCUUUGACUUGCCAGCGUUUUACAGUGAGCAGCGAUUCCACGCGAGCUUCGCGUGGUGUUUGGGCGACCGGAGGGAUCAACUCGUGAACGAUGUUCUGCCUGAACUGAUAAAACACUUCAGCACUGCCAGUCUGGCUGUCGAAAACGAAUUGUCCAUUCCGAUGGACGUGCCAGAGAUCCGGAUGAAAGCUGGCAAUAAAUUAUUUCGAUUUCCGCUGGGGCUGUGAUAUUCCUUUCAAUUUAUGAUACGUGAUUCAGUUAGGAGGAAGACUCCUCAUUUGACAGUUCGCCUCUGAAAAAAAGAAAGACAUUGUGGAAUUAUUGUUGAGUGAGUUGUUCGAAGCGGGCUGGUGUGUUCGUGUGAGAUUCUGAAAAUUUUGGUUUCCACGUGCUGAUAACAAGCGUGUGUAAUCUGGU